CCGCUGCGGUGCCGGCGGUCUGCGAGCUAACCUGCUGAGGCGUAGACCGGGUGGGAAGUGUGACCAGUGGGCUCUAGGCCAAGCGGUGAGACGUCUUUGACUUCCGACUCCUCCCAGUUAGUGAUUGCAGUAGGAUGGGUUGGAUGUUAGAGGUUGCGCGCUUGCACCUCCCCGGCCGAGGUGAAGUGUAAUAAAUGGUGAAGUACUUCCUGGCCAUAGGGCACCUGAAGUCGUGUAGUCUCCCGGACAAGGAAUUGAAGGACCUGACCCGCAGGCGAAUCCAGCCUAACCAACAGAGCGGGCGGAGCGCCACCCUCAGGUUUGGCGGGCGGCUUGGAAAACGUCGGUGUAGCGGUGCACGGCCGUGGGUAGCUCCCUGAUGGUUCCUCCUGAAAACCUGGAACCCUCCGCCGCGUGAGCAGAGGUUGCACGGCAACCCGUGCCCUACCUUUCCUUUGCACCCACGUGCGUUCCGGGACUGGAGAAGGGAUAGCGGUUGCUCUAAGUUGUCAAACCCUAUUUCAUUCUCUUAUGGUGCACAACUUAAGGAGAGGUGAUUCCCGGUCAGCUGGGAACCGGAGGAUCUAAAAGGGGCCAUAAGAUAUGAACUACAGUAUAAAAUUCCGAAGCCGAAGUUGAAGGAUUAACCACUGACCCAUUUCACAGAAAUGUUUCAUGCACUUGUGAACAAAAGAUGGAGUUGGUUUUUACCUUUAAAAAGAUAUUGUCAAUGAUCUGAUACAACUGGAAAUGUUCACUUGAUGAAGAUGAUGGACCUGUCUUUUGUUUGAACUAGUGGUCAUUUAUGACAAUUCUUCAAUCAGUUUCUAUUUGAAAAUUCAUAUAUUUAAAGAAUAUUGGGUUAAAAAUGACAUAAUGUUCAUUCUUGGAAGACUGUGGAUUUUGUAAAGACUACGAUUGGAUUCCAGUAAUUUUCUCCAAAGUGAUUGAUGUCAGUCUUCUGAUAACUUAAUUUUGAAGAAUUUCAUAUAUACAAACAACUACAGAAGAUGGGAGAAAAAAAUGGUGAUGCAAAAACUUUCUGGAUGGAACUGGAAGGUGAUGGAAAAGUGGACUUUGUAUUUGAAAAAGUGCAAAAUGUGUUACAAUCACUUAAAGAGAAGAUCAAAGAUAGGUCUGCCACAAAUAAAGAAUACGUACAAGCAAUGAUUCUAGUGAAUGAAGCAACUAUAAGUAACAAUUCAACAUUAAUCAAGGAUCAUAGGCCUGUGACUCGGAGCGAACGGGAAAACAAAUCAAAUGUAUUUUCCUCUACAUCAUAUGAAAACCUCUUCCCAGCAGACUGUACAUUUCUGUCCACAGAAAAUAAGGAAAUUCUCCCUCUGGAAAAUAAAGUUAUAGACUUGAGGGGAAAAAAGUCAUCUUUGAAUUUAUCUUAUCAAAGUCAUAGUUGCUCUGGUGCUUGUCUGAUGAAAAUACCACCAAAUUUCAAGGGAGAAAACCCUCUACAGCUGCCAAUCAAGUGUCGCUUCCAAAGACGACAUGCAAAGACAAAUUCUCAUUCUUCAGGACUCCAUGUGAGUUAUAAAACUCCUUGUGGAAGAAGUCUGCGAAAUGUGGAGGAAGUCUUUCGUUACCUGCUUGAGACAGAGUGUAACUUUUUAUUUACAGACAACUUUUCUUUCAAUACCUAUGUUCAGUUGACUCGGAAUUACCCAAAACAAGAAGAAAUUAUUUCUGAUGUGGAUAUUAGCAAUGGAGUGGAAUCAGUACCUAUUUCUUUCUGUAAUGAAAUUGAUAGUAGAAAGCUUCCACAGUUUAAAUACAGAAAGACUAUGUGGCCACGAACAUAUUAUCUAAACAACUUUUCCAACAUGUUCACUGAUUCAUGUGACUGUUCUGAGGGCUGCAUAGACAUAACAAAAUGUGCAUGUCUUCAACUGACAGCAAGGAAUGCCAAAAGUUGUCCUUUGUCAAGUAAUAAAAUAACCACUGGAUAUAAGUAUAAAAGGCUACAGAGACAAAUACCUACUGGUAUUUAUGAAUGCAGCCUGUUGUGCAAGUGUAAUCGACAAAGGUGUCAAAACCGAGUUGUCCAACAUGGUCCUCAAGUGAGGUUACAGGUGUUCAAAACUGAGAAGAAGGGUUGGGGGGUACGCUGCUUAGAUGACAUUGACAGAGGGACAUUUGUUUGCAUCUAUUCAGGAAGAUUACUAAACAGAGUUAAUCCUCAGAAACCUAAUGCUGUUGAUGAAAAUGGAAAAGAAGAGACUGUUAUAAAAAACAUAUUUUCAAAAAAGAGGAAAAUAGAAGUUGCAUGUUCAGAUUGUGAGAUUGAAGUUAUCCCAUUAGAAUUGGAAAAGCAACCUAAAAGUGCUAAAACUGAGGAAUAUCUACCUAAGUUUAGUAAUAAAUCAGAAGAACCUAUUAUGGAGAUGAGCUAUAACAAUAUCUCAAGAACUCAGUAUCAUUCAGUUAUUAGAAGUCCUAAAUCCAAGACAGCCAUUUUUCCACACAGUGGGAAAAAGAUGGGAUUUGUUUCCUUGGAGUCUGCCAUGUCAGAAGAUGACGAUGGAUUUAAACCAGCCCCAGCACACGUGAACUCUAAAGCCAGGGAAGCACAAAAGGACUCAAGAUCCAACCAAGUUGAAGAUUCUGAAGACAAUCAGCUGAUUGAAUCAGAUGUAAUAGAUGUGACAGAAGAAACUGUACCAAGGGGCAGAUGUGACCAAGCAACCACAUUGGAUAAUGAAAAUGUUAAAAAAGAGUUUCAAAUUAAAAAACCCCAAGAGGAAAAAUCUCCAAUAUGUCAAAACCAGCAGGUCUAUCAUGAUGAAGAGUUGCCUAGUGAAACCAGGAAUACCUCAUCUGAUUCUUUAAUGAAGUCCAGUAAAGGCAAUGUUUUUUUAUUGGAUGCCACAAAAGAAGGAAAUGUGGGCCGCUUCCUUAAUCAUAGUUGUUGCCCAAAUCUCUUGGUACAGAAUGUUUUUGUAGAAACACGUGACAGGAAUUUUCCAUUGGUGGCGUUCUUCACCAACAGGUAUGUGAAAGCAAGAACAGAACUAACAUGGGAUUAUGGUUAUGAAGCUGGGACUGUGCCUGACAAGGAAAUACUGUGUCAAUGUGGGGUUAAUAAGUGUAGGAAAAAAAUAUUAUAAAUGUGUAACUAAUGCCUGUUCAUGAAAUUAGAUAAGGCUCAAAUUAGAGCCAUGCUAAAGAACCCUCAGUCAUCAGUGGAAUUAAUUUAGGUUGCUGUACACCAAGGUAAUUCUUCUCAUUAUUAAUUUUUUUCAGAGGAUUCAUAUUAUAUUUCUAUUUUAUUUGAUUUAGAAAUGCCAGGAACAAAAUAAGAACAUUUUCAUAUGCAUAGACUAUUCUUGUUUUUACGGCUGUUCAACUUUACUUGGGUACAAUGGAAGUGUGUAUAUUUUAUAUGAAAUACCACUGUAUAAUUUAUAACUUAUUUACAAAUUGUAUAUUAAGAAAAGCAAGUCAAAUAGAAUUCAGCUGUUUGAGUUACUUUUUUGAUCAUUAUUAUUUAGUUUAUACCUGCAAGGACCAAAUUUCACAUAUUUACCUACAAAAUUGAUGUUUAAUUCCUGGCAAAUCAUUAUAGGCUACAAGGUGGGCAACAGAACCUGAGUAAUAUGUAAGAACUAAUUUUAUACAUAUUAUUCCUAAGAUGUGCAGUUUUUUGUUGUUUUUUACCCCUGUGGUAGGCUUCAUGCAUGCUUGGCAAGUGCUCCACCACUGACACACACACCCAGUCCUCUCAAGUAUUUUAAUACUUGUUAAGAGAAGCUAUAUCUGGCUCCAUGAAACACUGUUCCAUCAAUCAUCUGAGUGGGGAGAAAAAACUCCUCAGUAAGUUAAGGCUCUGACAAACUCCUUUAUUCAGCUCUUUGAGAAGCUUUUUUCCAGUUUCCCUUCACUCCUUCAAUCCAGACAGGACAAGAGGGAAUAGAAACUUGGAAAAAAUUGAAUACUUUGUUCUAAAGAGAAUAAAGCUGUAAAUAAAACAAAUGUUGAAAUUAGAGGGAAUUGUCCUAGACAAAAAUUUCACCUCAAAAAUAAAACAAAACACUUUGAGCUUCUAAAAUAGCUCUUGUUACAUCCUGGGCAUGGCUGGUUGUUUUUGUAGAGAAAAGGGAGAGCUAACUACUUUGCUAUAGGCUAACCCUGAUCAUCUAGUGGAAAAGGGGACUGAGAAGCUCCAAAAAUCAAAAUUAAUUUUAUCCCUUAAAGAAAAAUUACAUUUGAUUGCUAGGAACUUCUCCUGAGAAACCAGGAUGGGACUGUUAGUUUGAAAAGGAGUAAUUAAAUGGAAACUGAGGCAGGAGGAGCACAAGUUCAAGGCUAGACUAAGCAACUUGGUAAGACCGUGUGUCAGAAAUGAAAAACGCUUGGUGGUAAAGCUCCUCUAGGUUCAGUCCUCAUGAGAGAUGGGCAGGAAGGGAAUUCUUUUUUGAAGAGUUUAUGUCUUGUUGUUGUUACUUGAUUUGAGGUUUAGUUUGAUUACCUUUCAAACAAAUCUAUUUUAGGUUUGAACCCAGUUUCUUAAAAACAUUGAACCAGAUGAAAAUUAAACUUGAAAUUGUUUUAAAAAAUGGAAAACAAAAGAACUAAGAAAGCAGCCAAAAAAUUAAAACCCAACAGCCUGCAGACAGAUGAAUCAAGUUUAGAAAUCUGUGUAUUCACAGUAUAGAUGCAGGAAUUUUAGUCAGUGCACUAAAAUCAAGUGAAGAAAUUUGAUCACAUAUUUUGUGCAUAAAAUAUUGUGGAUCAGCCAAUAUUUCCUUGAGAUCUGCUUUAGGAGCCCAUCUAACAUUCAGAACCCUGAAAUAGUCUAUCAGUUUUAUCCUCUUGGAGAAAUUUCUUCAGAAAUCGUGAUCUGCUUCAUCCUCGGUUGUUAUACAGCUAGCAUCUCGCAUCAGUACCCUAGAGAUUCCCUUUGUCUCUUACCGUCCGAUCUGUUUCUAGUUGAGUUUUCUUAUUUCCCUUUUCCUUAGUUUACUCCUGUAUGUUGGUGAAGCAUAGCUGCCAAUAGCUCGUUUUUAUUUUUAUUUUUAUUUUUGGACUGGGGAUUGAACCCAGGGGCACUUUACCACUGAGCUAUAUUGCCAACCCUUUUUAUUUUUUUACUUGAGAUAGGUUUUCACUAAGUUGCCCAGGCUGGCCCUGCACUUGCAAUCCUUAUGCUUUAACUUCCUGGGUAGCUGCGACAAAUGCUACUGUGCCUGAUUCCAAUAACUUUUGAAAAAGGAAAAUGAGAUGUUUUGAGACUCCACAUUUGAAAUGUCUUUUACUUGAUUACUAUUUUGGCAGAGUAUAGAAUUCUUACCUCCCUUGAAGUUACAGUGUUGUCUCUGGUCAGAGUCCAUUUUCAUCCUUCUACUGGUGUUUGGUGAGGUCUUUUAAUCUUAAAACUUAGUCUUUCAGUACAGAAACCAUUUCUUUAAGGCUUUCUUAUCUCUUUUUGGAAUUUCUGUUACCAAAAUGUUAGGACUCCAGAAUUGGUUCUCUGGUUUUAUAUCUACUUUUCUCAUAAUUUCCAGCUCUGUGUUACUGCUUUACUGUCUAGGAACUUAAUCUUCAAAUUCAUCUAUUGCAUUCAAUUUUUAUGGUCACAUAUUUUUAAUUUCUAAGAAUUCUCUUUUCUUCUUUUAAUGUUUUCUUUAUAACAUCCUAUAUUGGCCCAAGGUUGCAGUAUUCUAUAUUUGCCUGUGUGCAUACACAUACAUAUGCAUGCAUUCAUUAUCUGUAUUUUUUUCCUUGCUUAUUCUCUGUCCUCCCAGCUUUGUUUCUCUUGUAUGUUCGUUUUGGUCUUUAACAUUUUGGUCUUUCCUUGGAGUUGAGAGAAUAAUGCUGUCUACUCACAUUUUAGAAAGAGUGAGAGAAAGGGCUCUUGGAUUGCUUUACCACGCCUGAGCUGUUUUGCUGAGAAAUCCUGUCAAUCUCUUAAGAGUUUUCUUUUCUGCUUGGCAAGGCAUACUUCAUCCUCCUGAGGGGAAAGCAAAAAAAAAAAAAAAAAAAAAAAAAAAAGAAUCGUGCGCCUAGGGUCUGCUAGUUUCUUUCCCUUUUGCAACACCUCUGCCCCCAACCCCCACUGCAUUCUUCUAUAAUACAUUUCAUACUUGUCAAGGCUAUUCAAAUUACCUUGUUAUCCCCAAUUUUGCACUUGCAGCCUUAGAAACCUCAAAGUUCAAGACCUGCAGAAGUUUUCCUUUAAUUCUUAAGCAAAUCACCAAUUAUGCUUCUAUUCAUUAGGUUAUGAUUUAAUUAUAUGUAUUUAUGUGGCAUACAUGUAUAUUUAUUAUAUACACUGAAAACCUCGUCUUGUAUGGUGCUCUGUACCCAGUGGGUGCUAAAUAAAGGCUUGCUUCUGGCAACUGGAUUUAGGCUCUGUUAAUUUUGCGUCGGUUUAAAAUAUGACUGUUUAGGCCGAACAGUGGGAUGGAAUUUCAGAAGAAACCUCAGAAGAACUGAGCA